CCCCUCCCCCCGAGCUGACUCCCGAACCCUAGGUCGCCCACCCAUCGGCGCGCGCGGCGCCGAGGUAGGCGAGGGGCGCGCUCUCUCUCUCUCUCUCUCUCUCGCUGGCGGCGGCGGCGGCGUCUUGCCAGAUCCGGACCACCCCGUGCCGCCCGGUGGGAGGUGGCGCGAUUCGGCUGCGGGCAGCGGCGGCUCCUCCUCCUCCUCCUCUGAUCGGUGGUGCUCCGGGUGGGUGGCUCGAGGAAGUAUGAGUGUGUUAUGAUUUGCUCAAGAAUUUGCUUCACGCUGAUAAACUCUUAGCAUUUGGAUGAUCAACGCAUAUUGAAUUAUCUUUCUCAAUAAAUAUGGGAGCUAAUUGCUGUAUAGCUGCAAAAGAGAGCCCUCAGCCAUGUGUUACUCCAAUUGAAGUGUCAGCAUUCAGGAACGUAAGACACUCUCCAUCAUGGAGCUUCCGGUGGGACAACCGCACACACAUAGAAGACAUAAUGGAAAUUCCUGCCUUGUUUUCCAACCAUAGUAGUGGAAGCAUUCGGCCUGAAACAAAGAGUGGUUCAAUUGCACCAACUGAUGGCUUCUCUAAUGGAGGUAGCCCUUCUGAUAUGUUUAACAAGCUCAAGUGCCAUAAGUCUGACAGGAAGAGGGAGUCAUCCAGGAUUGCGAGGUCUGAUCUCCGAGCAGGCAGAUCCACAACAAGCAAUUCUUCCCCUGAGGCAAAGCUUUCCAGAAAAUCACUAGACAUGGCAAGUGUGGCUUCAGAUUCAAAGAUGUCAAUCUCUGUUCCUUCAACACCACCCGCAAUAUCUGGAGCAGAUCCUUCAUCAUCCUCCAGGGGCCAUUGUCUACCAACAGACCCAGAUUCAAUGAGGAAAGCACGUCGAUCACCAGGGUAUCAACUGUAUAGACAGGUCUCUGACAGCAAGAUUCCAUCUCUCAGGUCUCUCAAUGAGAGUGGCUCUCCUGACGGAAGGCCAUCUUCCUCCAUGCUCUCAGUCUGCAGCAACGAUUUAUCUGCAGCAGGAUCGCAUGGCGAGUCAUCUGAUGGUUGGUCAAUGCGAACAUUUUCUGAAAUGGUUGCUUCAUCUCAGAGAGAGAGAUGGUCAGUUGAUAGCGAGCUCUUAGGUUCCGUUUCCAGUAAAAUGACAAGAUCAAAUGCUUCUAAUCCUACGCCACCUGAUCAAGAGGUGUGCAAACUAUGCUUAAAGCUAUUAAAGGAACGGUCCACAUGGAAUGCUCAGGAACUGGCCGUUGUCGCUGUUUUAUUGUGUGGCCAUGUUUACCAUGCUGACUGUUUGGAUAGCUUAACUGCAGAAGCUGACAAAUAUGAUCCUCCUUGUCCUGUAUGCACCCAUGGUGAGAAAUGUACAGUGAAGCUAUUUGGGAAGUUGGAAUCAAAGACAAAGAACAAGAUACCUAAAAAUGUGAUAGUUGAUGUUAAUCUAGAUGGGAGUUCCAAGCACCAGAAGGAAAGUAGGAGAGAGCCCAGAUUAGGCACAAGCUCUAGCUUGAAGGGCUCAUUAAGUCGCCCAUUUUUGAGAAGGCAUUUCUCAAUCGGCUCUCGACCAUCCCGGUCAAUUUCAGAGAGCGAGUCAGCCAGAAAGAAGGGUUUCUGGGCAAGGCACUGGAGGGAAUAGCAUAGUUACCACCAGUCAUUGAGAAAUGCCCUUGGAGAGGAGUUGAACUCCCAAGCGAGCAAAGCAUGCGGGAGCUGAAGUCAAGCCAGAUGGGUGCAAAUGAUAUUUGGCCGUUGAACGACCUCCGCAUUGAAGGUUUCGCCUGGCCAUUAUCAUAUUCGGCCGCAAGCACUUGGCGUGCUGGAACGGGUCUCAAUAGUAGAAUAACAGUUGAUAUAUACUUGUGCCACUGAGGUUUAUUUCAGAGCCCAGUCGCAGUUUAGUAGCGAGUAAUCUAACAGAAAAAAAAAAGGGGGUGAUGAUGGCCUUCAGAGUUGAGACCGAAGGUCCAUUGCUGGAUCCCAAGGUUGUAAGAUCCAGCAUCCCAACAGUCUAGAUUAUUACUAUGUUUCGCGGUUUUGUAUUAUUGGUUUAUGUGCACCCAUUAUUGUAUGGUCGCAAAUUCAUAUA